GGAGCUGCCGUUCCCCCCCGGAGCCUCUUGGGGCGCCGUCGCGGCCGCUCCGGUGCCGGUGCCGGUGCCGCCGGUGCCGCGGAGCGCCCGGACCCUCCGCCGGAGCCAGGGUGGGGCCGUGGGGGGCAGAGCCAUGAGCGUGGGCUGAGCCCCCCCCGCCGGGACCCGCGCCCACCCCGAGGCAGGAUGCGGGGGGCCCAGCGGGCUCUGUGCCUGCUGCUGGUGGUCUCGGCCUCGCUGGCCGCGCUGUACCUGCACCUCUGGGCGCCCAAGGGCCCCCCCAGCGUGGACCUUCGCCGCCCCCCCCCCGAGCGGCUGCCGCCCCCCCUGCCCCCCCCCGCCCGCUCCUACCCGCACGUGCCCUUCCGGCUCAAGGAGGACGUCAUGGAGCUGCUGCCCAGGAACGGCUGUUCGUGCGAGGCGGAGGCGGAGGCGGGGCUGGCGCUGCCCCUGCGCCGGCGGCUCUUCGGGCCCGGCCGGGGGGGCUCGACUUCGCCAGCGCCUUCGCCCCCGGGGAGCGGCCGCGGCAGCUGCGGCUGCGGGAACGGGAGUACCGGAGCUACCGCAACCGGGUGCAGACCCCCGCCGACCGCCUGCUCAUCGUCCCGGCCAACUCCCCCCUGGAGUACCCGGCCCAGGGGGUGGAGGUGCGGCCGCUGCAGACGGUGCUGGUGCCCGGGCUGAGCCUGCAGGCACCGCCCAGGAACAGGUACCAGGUGAACCUGACGGCCUCGCUGGGGACCCUGGCGGUGGCGGCCGAGGUGGAG